GGCUGGGAGUGUACAUCAACAACAGCGUGCGGAAGUAAUUUAGCGGGAGUUCACCACGCUCUAGUCCCUAAUCUCCUUCGUGUAUGUUUACUCAUAUCUUCGCACGCUGCAGAUUAUUGUGCAAAGCGUGUGCAUGGGUCUUUUAGCGUGACUGCAAGCAGGCUGAGACUUCUAAAUAUAUAAGAAGAGACAGUUACACAGAUGGAUGCUGCUUUACUUGUUGAAGAGGAAUCUGCUAGUGUAGGGGCUGUGGAUCACACAAAUGAUGCACAGAAUACAAGUUCCUUCAGCCUGGACCUCUCAGAUAUCGGGCAAAAGGAGGACUGUGAGAAAAAUAGGCAUGAAAGUCAGGAUGGCAAAGUUAUAGAGAUGGAUGACAAAGACAAUCAGAUUAGCCAUGAAAAAGAUGAAAAAAAGCCUGAACAUGAGGGAAUGAGUCCACAAGGAACGGACAUAAAAGAGGAGGAUAUGGUGUCAAUACAUGAAAACUGUGGGCAAGAACUGAAAGAGUGUGAGGACAUUGCUGUGGAGAAGAAUAAUACCAGCCUGGAGGAGGACGAGGAGAAGGUACCACUGGUAACUUCUGAUCUAAGCCUCCAGCAAGUACUUGACGGAGAUUUGGAGGAGACCAGUGAUCACGAGCACACUGAAGUGAAACAGGAAGAUGAAAAGCUAAGUAGGAAUAUAAUUUACAAUGUGACGAACGAAGAAAAAGAGGUGGAUGAGAAAAAUAUGGAAGAGAUGGAGCAUCAGAUGGUGCAGGAGACAUCAGAGGAUAAGAACAACAAAACUGAAGAAAUGGAGCAUGAGAGUUCAGAGCAAUAUCAGGAACCCAAGGUAAAUGAAGACAACAAACAGGAUGGUUUAGUUGGGGCAGUUAUACCUGAAGAGGAGGAUGAAAAGUGCGACAGCUCUGCUGGAGUAGCAAUGGAUGUCAGUGACGCAGACGACAAGAUGCAGGUGGCUGCUCCAGAAGAUGCAGAAGCUUUUGUGAACGUAGUUUCAGUUGAAGCCAAAGCUGAAAGCCCAUUGGAUGAGCGAAGUUCUGAGUUGGUUUCUAAAAGCUCAUCACAAGACUCGUCUGAAAGUUUGAAUACAACAGAAAACCAACCAAAUCAGGAUUUGAAGGAUUUUGAGAAGGAUCUGCCAGCACAUACACCAGAGCAUUCUGUUCAUCCUGAAACGGAGGCUGAGAAAAAGACGGCUCCACCCACUUCUGUGAAGAUCAAGGAUGAACCAAUGGAUGAGGAAUAUGAGAAAGCUCUUGGUCCUCAGGCUCCAGCUGGAAAGAUAAAGGAUGAACCAGACACGUCUGAAGAAUUUGGCCAGAAGACCUCAGAGCAGAUCAAGAUCAGUGCUGUCUUCUCCGUCGGUGGAAGCUCUACGGCUUUAGGCUCUCCAGCUGUGGCUACUGCAACAAAUGCGCCAUCCAGCACCUCAGUGCCCUCGAAUCCAAGCUCUGGCAGCUCUCUGUGUGUGGUGUGUUCAGGUUGUAAAAAAAUCCUGCUUAAAGGCCAGACCGCAUUCCAGCGUAAAGGCUGCACUCAGCUUUUCUGCUCGCCACGCUGCCUCUGCAGCAGCGCAUCCGCCGAGUCCGUGCUGUUGCCAAGCUUGAAAAAAACCUGUCAUUACUGCUUCAUGGGCAUUCUCAACCCAAAGGAUGUCAUCACUGCCUCUGUGGAUUCAACAAAGGCAGUAAAGGAUUUCUGCAGUCAGAAAUGUCUCAGCGCUUUUAAUUACAAGAGGGAUAGUGCAAAUUCUGCACUUGCCACAAAAUGCAGCAUGUGUCAAAAAGCAUGCGCUAUUCGCCAUGAGGUGAACUUCAUGGGCAAUCUCCAUAAGCUAUGUAGUGACGCCUGCUUUCACCAGUUCCGCGCUUCCAAUAAGCUCAGUAUGAACUCCUGCGUAACUUGUGGAGGGUACUGCUACAGCGGCGAUGGCAAGAGUCCAUCUUUCUUAGUCGAUGGCACCGCUAAGACGUUCUGCAGCCAGAAAUGUGUCUCCACCUUUAAAAAGAAGUACACGAAGGUUGUGCCCUGCACGAUGUGCAGAGUUUAUCGAACCAUAACAGAAAUGGUGGAAAACAUAAAUUCGGAGGGCAACACUGAGCUGUUCUGCUCCUCUGCAUGUGUGACUGCUCACAAAGUGCAGAAGGUCAGCUCUUCAGGUUCUGCACUAGAAUGCAGCCACUGUAAGAAGGUUCUAGUGCCUCAGUAUCACCUCGCCAUGUCCGAUGGUACCAUCCGCAACUUCUGCUGCUUCACCUGUGUGAUCUCGUUUCAGGAUACCUUCAACAAGACAAAUACUCAGAGCAACCAGAUUAAUGUUGCCCCUUCUCUUAGCACCACUCAGUCGAAGUCUGCCCCCACAGUGCAGUCUGUAUCUGCAGAGUCCAGCUCACCCAACUCAACCCAAUGCCCCCCAGGGACCAAAUUCACUUGUGCACAGUGUCAGCGUUUGUUCUUCUCCAAGCCUGCGCUGCUGGAAUUUAAGGGAAAGAUGUACGUGUUCUGUGAUAAGACUUGCACGGAUGAGUUCAGGAGGACCCACUACAUCAUGGCACAGUGUGUGUACUGCAAAAUCGAAAAGGUGGUGAAGGAGGUGAAGAGGAUUAACAGUGUGGACUGCUCUUUCUGUAGUGAAGGCUGCAAACUUCUGUACAAGCAUGACCUUGCCAAACGCUGGGGAAAGAAGCACUGUCGCAACUGCCUCUACUGCAGCAGCACUUCUCAGUCUGUAAUGACCAGCAUCUUUUCUGGUAAACAAGAGGAGUUCUGUGGGAAUGAAUGCCUGUCCCAGUACACCUUGUUAUUCUGUGAGGUGGCCAAAUGCACCAUGUGCAAGCGUGCCAGGAAGAUGACUGAGUCAGUAAAAUGGCUGAAUGAAAUUAAGCACUUCUGUAAUCUGAAGUGUUUGAUGCACUUCUGUAGCCAGCAAGCAUGCACUACAGCCUCUCCUGUAACUGGUGCCAAACCUUCUCUUAUGCAAGCAUCGACAGUGCCGGUCUCCAUAGCACCUGCGACCCAUUCCACCGUCUCCAACAUAACUCUCCCAUCACUGGCACCAAAAGAGGCCACACCUGUUAUCGCCAAUGUUAUAUCUCUGUCCAGUGCUACUAAUGGACAGCCUAGUGUCCUGGGAAGUGCAGCAUUGCAAGGAACCGUCCCUACUGCUGUGAAGCUAUUAGGACAUGCCAGCACACAGACAGAUAGCGUGAAGCCGCCGUCUGCUCCCCCGAGAAUCCUGAAGAACAAAGCUCUGCUCUGCAAACCAAUGAACCAGAACAAGGGCACGUCCUGCAAACCCAACACCUCUGAUAUUAACACACAAACAGAUGAAACCCCACCUAAAGUAAUAGUGUUACCCUUACCAGUACCGGUGUUUGUUCCUGUGCCUAUGAACCUCUACACACAGUACACACCACAACCUUUUGGACUUCCUUUUCCGGUACCAGUACCCAUGUUUCUGCCCACUACUCUGGACAGCGCUGAGCGAAUAGUGGAGACAAUUCAGAAGAUCAAAGAGAGAAUUCCAGAUAAUCCGCUGGAGGCCGACCUGAUCAUGAUGGCAGAGAUGGUGGCGGAGGACAGUGAGAAGGACAAAGCUGUCUCCCAAGGAGACCAGGAUGAUAAUUUUAUUGAGGAUUUCGAUUUGGAAGCCCUCUCCAGCCACCUAAGUUGGGAGGAUGACAGCAUCUCGAGUGCCUCUCGAUGGGGACGUAGCUCGGAGUCUGAAAAAGCGGCUCCAUCCAGACAGGCACAACAGUCUCCCAGCCCACCCCCACAAGACCCACAAAUGGACCUGGAGGCAGAUUUUCCAGUCGAGUGCUUUGAGAAUUUGGAACACCGCACACAAGAGGAAAAGACCGUAACCACCACCAGGCCAAAAACACGCAAGAAGAACCGUGAUUGCUUCUCUCCGAAAAAACGAGCCCGUAAACGUACAGAAGCUGCUCAGUCAUCAGCAGCUGAUGUUAAGCAUCCGACCAGAGUGCACACCAAAUACGGCGUUCAGGCGUGGAAGAGCUGGGUACGCUGGAGGGAAAUGCAGCCUAAUCUGGAGAUGCCCAAAUUUGGCUCACGGAACAUUAUGAUAAAGGAGGACCUGUUACAGUGCAGCACGGCUGAGCUAAGUUACGGCCUCUGCAAGUUCAUCAGUGAAGUUCGCCGCCCUAAUGGAGAGAAGUACAGUCCAGACAGCAUCUAUUACCUCUGCUUAGGCAUUCAGCAGCACCUUUUUGAAAACAGCAGAAUGGAGAACAUCUUUGCUGACUUGUUCUACACCAAAUUCAGUCAAACUAUGUCGAGUUUACUGAAAGACUGGAAACCCACUAUACUUCCAAGUGGCUACGUGCACUCUCGAGUGGAAGAAGAGUAUCUAUGGGGGUGUAAGCAGUUGGGCGCUUUCUCCCCGAGCGUGCUCCUCAACACUCUGCUUUACUUCUGUACCAAGUUCUUCAACUUUAAGACUGUGGCGCAGCACCGGCGCCUUUCCUUCGCCCACAUCAUGCGCUGCACUCGGUCACACAGCAAUGGGACCAAGAUGUCCUGCCUCCGCUUCUACCCUCCCGUGCACAAAGAAAACAAAAAUGCAUCGAAUGAAGAUGUAGAUGGUGUCCCUGCCAAGAGGAAAAAAGAAGACGAAGAGGAGGAAGGAGUGGUGCUGGAGAUGCAGGAGAAUGUAGAAAACCCUCUCCGCUGUCCUGUUAGACUCUAUGAGUUCUAUCUCUCCAAAUGCUCAGGCAUGGUAAAGCAACGCACAUCUGUCUUUUACCUGCGUCCCGAGCGCUCGUGUGUCCCCAACAGCCCCUUGUGGUUCUCCCACAUGUCACUGGAUGACGGGGAGCUGGAGAGCAUGCUCACACGCAUCCUCACCGUUCGAGAGAUCCACCUGGAGAGAGAAAAGCAACUGAACAUGUCUGAACCAGACAACCAAACUGAUUCAGAAUAAUACAACAGUGAUUUGUACUUUCACAGACUCGAGGCUUUAAAACAGUGAAACACUUGUGUUCUAGCAGGAGGAGAUCAAAUCCUCUGGGAUGGUUCUUUUUAUUUUACAUGGCCACAUUGUGCUGUGCUGAGUGCUCGCUACGGAUCUUAUGAUGUUGGAGACAUUGUUGAGGACGUAACAGUGCUCCCUAAUGCGAACGUUGCUGGACUCCAAAUCCAUGAGCUUACAGUCUUCAUUUCAAUCCUGUAAAUCAUUCUGCGGUGCUUCGUGUUCAGUUUGCGGUUUAUCAUGGCGUGUUCAAAAUGCUUCGUAAUAAAACGACGUAUUAUUUGACAUUACACCGUUAUAACAAUUGACACAUUUGAAGAAUCGCUUCGGUUCUGCGUGGCAAAGCAUGAUACUAACUGUUGUAUAGUGCGUUUCAAUUACCUGCUUGAGUAAACUAAUUCUCAUUGUGGAAACAAUUCAUUCACUCCGUGUGGUAUUCGGCAACACUACAAUACAAUAGAUUGCCUGUUUCAAGGUUUCACCCAUUUUUUGUCAAAGUAUGUAUUAUGGUUUGGAAUCAGUGUUUUUGUUUUUUUUUUGAUUUUAUGAAAUCAGACCCUGUCUCAGUGUAUGUCUAAGAAUGCUUCCACACUUCUCUUUUGUGUUUGAGUGCAGAUUUUCUUUUCUUUAUUUUUUUAUGGCUAAAAAAAACAUAAACCAGCAAAUCCUUUUAAUAAUUUAAAUAACUAAUGCUUUUUUUUUAAUUAAAUAAGUCAAAUUUCAUGAUUUAUUGAAAAGAAUAAAAAUUAAAUACUGAUGAAGUUUUUCUCAGCAGCGCUACAGGAUACAUUGAUAAUCUUAUUAUUUAGGCAGUAUAGCUGAACAUCAUGUGCCGUUUUCCUUUACACACCAUAUUUUUACGCACAAAUCUGUUAAAUGUUCCUUAUUUACCUGUGCAGAUAUUCGUUUGAUAUUAUUUUGUAUAAUUUGGUGUAAGAAUUGAAUUGGAAAAUUAAUGAAUUUGAGAUGCUGUUACCUGUUUGUCUAUCAGCAUGGUCUGAACCUGAGGUCUGAACAUCAUUAGUGAUAUGUCACAAGUUUUUGUUAUUCACAAUCACAACACACACAAAAAAAAGUGCUUGAGCAACUUUUGUGUCCCUUCACUUGUUUCUGUUGACUCAUAAGCUAGAACAUUUACUAGUAAUGAAUAGAAGGAUUGAAGUGUUACACUUUACCAAUGAUGACCUGCUUACACAUCCAGGUUCUCUAAAGUGUGAGGCUCAAUAUUUAGGGGUUACCACAAAAUGAGUUUGUUUAUCACUCAAACAAAUGGUGUGUCUCCUAUUUGUACCUGUAUCUGUGCAUUGUUUAAUGAAUCUCUGUAAAUGAAUAAUGUAUUUGUAUUCGGUUACAUCCAUACAUAACAUGGAGGAUCCUGGGCAAAAAAAAAAAAAAAAAGGGGGCCAAGCCUAAAAUGGCAAAAUGUUACACUCUUAAUUGUCUAAUUGUAACCCCAAAUCAUUAGUCAGAAAAUGAACAAGAAUUAAACAAAUGCACUCCUGA